CGCUUGCGUGUCCGUUCGUCGUGGUUGUUGCGACUCGAAGCGUUAUCGCUUAUCGCACUGCGCUUCAGGGCCUAAGCCAUCCCUGAGCAUCACUGACGCCAUCGCUAGCCUCGGCUGGAACGGCGUUGGAGACAUAUAUGCGCAGGCGCCACUUAUUCUUUCAAUAUAGCAGAAAAAUGGCUGCGCCGACAGGAGCUCAAUUAAUAGCCCAAGCUCUUCACGAGCUUGGUAUCAAGGUUAUAUUUGGCCUGGUCGGGAUACCAGUGGUCCAAAUCGCUGAGGAGGCAAUCAAGCUUGGGAUCAGAUUUAUAGCUUUCCGCAAUGAGCAGGCGGCGAGCUACGCAGCAACAGCAUAUGGAUAUCUUACAGGGAAGCCCGGGGUGUGCUUGGUAGUAGGCGGGCCGGGAGUUCUGCAUGCCAUGUCAGGGAUUGGCAACUCGUCAGCAAAUGCAUGGCCACUACUGCUUCUGGCUGGCUCCAGCGAGUCUCAUUUGGUCACAAAAGGCGCCUUUCAAGAGCUGGAUGCUGUCAGUCUCCUUACGCCGCAUGUAAAAUUGGCGGUGCGGUCUACGCUAGAAUCGAUUCCUCAGAGCAUCUCCAAUGCCUACAGGACUUCUUGGUACGGGAGAGGAGGGACCGGAUUUGUGGAUCUACCAGCCGAUGUGAUACAAGGAGAAGGGGAUGAGUUAUCUAAGGUUAUCGUUCCCUCACCAGCUCGAGCUGCCGGCGAUCCAGAGAGAAUCGCAGCUGCGGUGGAAUUGCUCAGAGCUGCCAAAGCACCACUUGUUAUCGUUGGGAAGGGCGCGGCAUAUGCCCAAGCGGAGGGCGGUAUCAGAAAGCUCAUCAACGACACUAAAAUACCAUUCCUUCCGACUCCAAUGGGCAAAGGUGUCUUACCAGACUCUCAUCUAUCAAACACAGCCAGUGCCCGCUCAGCAGCUCUAAAAGGCGCAGACGUCGUCCUGGUUCUCGGUGCAAGACUGAACUGGAUCCUCCAUUUCGGCGAAGAACCCAAAUGGAACCCCGACGUCAAGAUCAUCCAAGUCGACAUCUCCGCCGAAGAGCUCGGCAAGAACAACGGCGACGCCUCCCUCUCCAUAAUCGGCGACAUCAACCUCGUGACCUCCCAGCUGAGCAGCGGCCUAGAAAACUGGCAAUACAACACCUCCACCCCCUACAUCUCCGCGAUCCGAGCCAGCACCGCCAAAAACGAAGCCACGGCCGCCAAAGCCGCACAGGUGGAUACCCUGCCCAUGACCUACGGCCGCACCUUCGCCGUCAUCAAGGAGACGCUGAAUGCGCUCUCGCCGCCCGCGAACGGCGAUAUUGUAUACGUCUCCGAGGGCGCUAAUACGAUGGAUAUCUCGCGCAGCGUCUUCAAUGUCGAGCAUCCGCGUCUGCGUCUCGAUGCAGGAACCUAUGCUACGAUGGGCGUGGGCCUGGGUUACGCCAUUGCAGCGCACUGCGCGUAUAACCUGCCCGAACCCCAAGCUGCAUCGGGUCCGUCGUCUUCGCGGAAGAAGAUCGUGUGUCUCGAGGGAGACUCAGCUUUUGGGUUCUCGAUGCCGGAGAUUGAAACUAUGGCGCGGUACACUAUGGAUAUUCUAGUAUUCGUAGUCAACAACGGUGGCGUCUAUCACGGCGACAGCGCUGAUAGCGAUGCCUGGUUGGCACUGCAGGAUAAGACGGCGCAGGGUGUGGCUGGGGGGCUGAGGAGCACGAGUUUGGGGUGGGAGGUGGGGUAUGAGAAGAUGGCGGAGAUGUGUGGGGGGAAGGGAUAUCUGGUGAGGACGCCGGAUGAGCUGCAAAGGGCGACGGAGGAGGGGUUUAAGGCCACGGUGCCGGUGGUGAUUAAUAUUAUCAUUGAGGCGGGGCAGGCGAAGAAGUUGGAAUUUGCGUGGCAGAAGAGUACGCAGAAGAAGGCCAAAAACGCCAAGCUAUAAAUGCUCUAAUCAACGUUCCCUUCUAGAACGCAAUGUACAUACAAUUCGAUACAGUUUACGGGAACGUGCAUCUAUGUCUCGCUCCGUUUGCUGGUAGGGCGGCAAAGUGCAUGAACAGUCAUCGUCAUGGUCAAAGAAACCAGGAAUAGUUCAAUCCUCAUAUCUUUCUAGGAGCCAGAGGGUCCCAGGUAAACUUGUCUCUGACCUUUCUGUUGGCAUCUUCGUUUACUGCUCCCUUUUUGAAACGGUCUCAUAUGGCUCAAAGGCAUUCUCCCUACUUUCCUUCGUUUCUCUGUCUCAAGAACGGCUCCUACGCCACGGAGUGAGCCAACAAGCGCUACUACGGAGUAUAAGUUUUUCUUCUCGCCCUCUUUUGGGAGAUAUUUCGUCGGUAUCAAUUUCUCAAUCACGGAAUUUUCAUUUCGUUAUAUCGAGAAUUUAACUAACCACCAAAACGUACAACCCCGUCCAUCAACACGACUCCAACUACCAAACGAACAACCACGUCCAACAACAACGAUUGCAUCAACACGCCUCCAACCAUUCACCCACCACCCCAAAUGUGUUUCUAUUACACCACCCCCAAAAACCCCCCCCACAGCACCAACAGCAACUCCACCACCACCCGCUCCUCCAAACGCUCCCACGCCACCUCCUCCACCCGCUCCUCCCCCCAAAUCCACAUCCACUCACCCCUUCCCCAGCCCACCUCCCCUCUCCCCACACACCUCUACUCCCGUCCCGUCGCACCAACCUGGACAUUCCCCGCCACCACCACCACCACUACUCCUCAGCCGAAUGAGGGAGGGUGGGCUAAUAUAUACCUCCCCCCCACCACUUCGGCCUUGCAGGAGGCGGGGAAGGAUGGAGGGGCGGGGAGGAGGAGGUCUUCGGUGCUGGUUGCAGAGAUUGAGGCGAUUAGGAGGUUAGCGAGGCGGGUGGGUGAUGCGGCGCGCCGUGGUAGUACUUCUUCGUUUCGUCGUGAGAGGAGGGGGUCUAACUCAUCUUUUCGUCGGGAGAAGGAGAAGGAGAAGGAUAGGGAGAGGGAUAGGGAGCGUGAGAGGGAAAGAGAAAGGGAGAGAGAGGUCGGGAGGAGAGGAGAGAAGAUGGUAGAUGAGGAAGCAAGGAGAAUCGCCUUAAGAAAUGGAGAAGUAGUCCGCGAGCUCGUGCACGAGAGGGACGUCAAGAUCGAAGCCGAGCGACUAGUCGAGCGCGAACGCGAGCGCGAGACUAGGCGUAUCGGCGCCAACAAUGCCAACGGCCUUGGCUUCCUCAACAACGGCGGCGGCAACGGGGGACCCUACCAAGACACCUCAUACGGCCAAAGCACACCCCACAUUAAAUGGAGCCGCUCUCACCACGGCGGAGGCGGGUCUAUGAACGGGCUCCCCGGACGAGGAGGCAGCUUCCAAGUCCCGCCCCAGGGAAGCAACCAUAUCCACGUCCAUACCGCGCCGUUGGUGCAGGGGCCGUCGAUUAGUACGCCGUCGCUGGGAGGGG